AUGUCUUUCAGAUUAUUCACCCACCAACCCGCCACCCUUCUCCGGCUGGGCCUAGGCGUCGGCAUCGGUCUCUCCGCCGCAACCAUGCACCCCUUGUCACCCUUCCGCGCUGCCCCAAUGCAAUGCCAGUACGCCGUGCCCCAGCAAUCGUCCUUCAAGAAAGACUCAGAGUGGGCUGUUAACCCCGCCGAAUCUGUGGAGCAGAAGCAGAGUCACAGCAGGCGGAAUGGGCUGUUAAAUGCGGAGACUAUGCGUCAGGUUAGCUUGGGGAGUGUGUUGGGGCUUGUUGCUGGUGUUGGGUUGAGGGCGUUUUCGAAGGCUUUGGUUGUUAUUUUGGGUAUGGGGGUUGUUCUUGUUGAGUUCGCUGCGUCCAAAGGGUACAAUAUUAUUCCGAUCAACCGGAUUCAGAAAUAUGUUAAGAGUGUUGACUUGGGUCGCGCUAUGAGUGAAAAACGGCCGUUCAAAAUGAGUUUCGGUGUUACGAUGGCGAUGGCGGCGUUUGCGAAUUUCUAG